AUGAAGACCACAACAUCAGCAUGGGCCGCCGCAUUGGCCGUCAUGUCUAUGCGAGGCCCUUUUACCACGGCGGAGGCUGCGCCCGCUCGACCUCAACAGGAACCCGAACGACCAAAGUACUACUUUCCACGGCAUAUCAAGAGGCAAUACCCGAACAUAACAGGACUGACACAGGGCUCAUCGUCAACAUCCGACAGCGUUUCAUCAUACUCGUCACCUUUGAGUUCAGAUUCUGGAGAAGGCUUUCCCGGAGCGUCACCACAAUUCAAUCCCGAGUCCGCCUUUGAAAGUCUCUUCGACUCGUUUCAAAGUCCGAGUAGUACGAGUUCUUCAUCGAUACCUCCCACGUCGUUCAUUCCAUCGACGAAUAGCUCGACGACCGUUUCUGCGACCAGCUCCAGCUCGGUCCUGACCACGUCGACAAGCGUGUAUUCGACUACUUCGUCAAGCGCAGCCUCAUAUUCCGGACGACCAUCAGAGGAAGUCCAACCAACGGCGUCUCGCACGUCCAGCUCCACGAAUGAAGAUGCGUCCGGGUCUAAAUCUUCGCAAAGUUCGAGCUCGAGUUCCACCUCCGCAGAGCAACAAAUACCUGGCCUUCCAAAGAAUUCCACGGAACCGUAUACCGGCGCUUCUGUUGAUUCGAACAUCAGCAGCAGAUCAGCGCUACCAAGUCUGUCAUCGACCACGAAUUCCGAAGAGAGUGCAGAGGAGGAAAGCAGUUCCACUUCAAGCACCCGACCGCAGUUCAAUCCCAAAGUGGCGUCAACAGGCAGCAUACCCGCGGUCAUAGUCACUCCUACAUCACGUACUUCAAGUGAGACGUCCUCCAGCAGCUCGCCCACUUUCAACCCAAUCUUUGGGUCCACUGGCCUCUUGCCGUUGGUAACGGCAACUCCAACGCCGUCGUCGACCUCCGCAAGCUCGAGUUCAAGCUAUGUUGGUUCCACUGGAGGUGUUUCCCAAGAAAGCGUGCAACCUACUCGAUCGUCCGAAUCACAGUCUUCCAGCUCUCGCCCGGUCUUCAAUCCACUGCGACCUCUGCCAGGUUCUGAUACCAUGUCCGGCAGCGGCAUUCCUGAGACUGUUGUGCCGCCAACCGCCAGGAGUAGCACAGCUGAGAAUGGGACAUCAAGCACGGCUUCGCAGCCUUCAAGCACCACCGCACCCAUCAUCGUUGGCCUGUCCACAAUCAUCGAGAGCUCGACCAUCCGCAACACCACCCCCUCCAGCUCGAGUGAGACUCCGCGACCCACUGUUGACGUGUCGUCGGAAAGCUACACGCAAGCUACAGGAACUGGUAGUCGAUCCAGCUCGAAUGACGGUCUCCUCGGUGGCAUUCUCCCCACUCAGAACUCGACUUCAACUGCACCUUCUCAGACGUCGAGCUCUGAUGGUCUUUUGGGGGGCAUUCUACCCACUGGGUCAGGGUCAUCGACCGGAACAGGGGAAAGCACCGGUUCAACAACCGCCUACUCGGGUACUGGCACAGCGCCCAUCACCUCGAGACCAACCGCAAGCACCAGUGAGAACCUGAGCAGUGUUGUGUCGUCUGUGGCAUCAGAGAUCUCUAGUGUCGCAUCCUCCGUGCUCUCCGAAGCCUCUGCCAACACAACAGGCUCCGCUCCAUCAACUACCACAGACGCCUCUGCUGCGCUGUCGAACAUUGCAUCGUCUCUCAGUUCUGAGCUUUCUAGCAUUGUCGCUACCGCGACUGACUCGAGAGUCUCGAGCUCCUUGGCCUCUGAGUUUUCUGGUAUCCUGUCCAGCGCAGCGUCGUCGCUCGCCUCGCAGAUCUCCACGACUCCUCCAAGUGCCAGCGCCACCACGACAGGAACGGCGGAAUCGAUCAUUGGCACCGGCACAUCCACUGGAUCUUACACAUUGAGCACGUCCACCGGCAGUAGCGGGGUCACCGUGGUACCCAUACCAGUCACGACCGCUUCUUCUCAGUCGUCUACUUCAAAGUCGGAAGACUCGCAAUCGACAAGCGCCUCAUCGCUUGAAACUUCCCUGACCGCCUCUGUGACGGCUACGAAUGAGACGUCCUCGCUGCCAACUGCGUCUACUGGCACGGCUUACUCAACUUCGAUCCCCCUCACAACAGGUGCAACGCUCACUUUGGGGUCGAGCUCAAGCAGCAGUGAGACAGCUUCCAUCAGCUCGUCGAACAGUUCGAUUACUGCUACGGGAACUCAUGCAUCUGUUACCAGCUUCUCGGCAACGUCGUCCGGUUACUCUUCAACCAUCGAAUCCUCCACCUCCACCAAUGAAUCCUCCACCGCCGCCAUCGUCACUCAGCCAUCAUCGACGAGUGUUGAGGUUAGCACCACGUCCACAUCUGUCCCGACGGCUGCACAGUCCACGACAUCCAGACCCCCGACCUCGAUCGUACCGACUGGUAGUGAUUCUGCCACAGUCCUGGCUGUUCCAACAUCACUCGUCUAUGCGCCAACGACUACUCCCAGCCCCACCGUUACUGAGUCGGGUAGUAACAUGCCUGUCGACAGCUCCACCUCGAGUGCGUCAGCCGGCCUGCCCACCUACAUGCCUCGACUCGUCCAGCCGCCGGGUGGCAUGCCUCAAGCACCAGCAAACACGACUCUCAUCCAAGUGGGCUUCAACUACGGCCUCAAUUUCCCCUUCGUUGUCAGCACUGAGAACUCCGCAAGUCAGAUCUUCGCGUAUCUUCCUCAAGGCAUUGCGUACACAUUGGGGGUCACACAUGACAAAAUCAAGAUGAACGCAUUGAUGCCAUUCGACACGACCAAGACGAUGAACUACAUCACGACUCUUGCCCAGGCCUACGUUCCAGCGGACUUGGUUGACCAGCUCCAGUUGGACCUUCACGUUCCCUUGUCGGAUGCUUACAACAACCCUGAUCAGUCUGUGAAAAUGCUGAUGUCUAUGAUCAACCCGACCAUCCCAAUCCUUCCAGGGGCCAAUAUGGACGACGGCACCGAAACGUCAGCAUCGUACAACCCUCAAGCUACAUCAUCUGGGAAGCAUGGAGAUGGUGCACCGAUUGGUGGCGACUCAGGAAGCUCGCAAUCGGUCAAGUCAUCAUCGGUCGGAAUCGGUCUUGGUGCUUGCGCGGGUGCUGCUCUGUACGCUGCUGCAAUGGUCUACGUUGCUCGUCGUUACCGCAAGAAGAGACAGUCCCACAAACGGGCGCCUUCCCUCCAGACGCCAGGCGAAAUGAGCCAACGAUCUCCUGCUACGCUUUCAGGCGGUGGUAUGGGUGGUUACUUCAUGUCUGGCGCCAAUGGCAUUCGUGGAUCCGGUACGACCCGCGGCACUGGCGGAGCUCGUGGCAGUGGCAGUGGUAGCGGAAGCGGCGGCCGUGGAAGCAGAAACAGCGCUGGCAGUAGCAAUGGCCGCAGCGUGCGAGAACAAGGCAUCAGCGCACCUGUCAUGGCAGAGAACAGUUUAGGAUGGAAUUGA